UCUCUUAUCCCCAAACCAAACCUCUCUCACUCCCAAAUUUCCGCAAUCACCCACAAAAUUCCUCCAGUUCUGUAAGUAUCUGGAGCUUCUUCACCACAAGAACCCAGAAGAUUUUCUGUGAAACUAAGCUAGAAAAGUCCAAUUUUUCAAGGAAAAUUUAGAACUCUAGAAACCAAAACUCGUCUUUAAAUGCUGAAAUCUAGAGAACCCAGCGAUGCAACUCCUCCAGCUAUGAGCACUUUUGGUUCAAAGAUGUCUGGGAUAAGAGUUGGAGCACAGAGCAGAGCUUUGGUCAUCAUAUUUGGCCUUCUCUGCUUGCUUUUACAAAGUGAAGAAGCCCACCAUGGAACUGAAUAUGUAGUGGGAGAUGACAAAGGCUGGGACCUGUAUCCUGAGGUAUCCAACUGGGGGAAAGACAAGCACUUCAAGGCUGGAGAUGUCUUGGUUUUCAAAUAUAGCAACCCAUUAUUUGGCGUGGCGGCUGUGGAUGCGAAAGGGUACCAAAGUUGUAGUGCAAAAGGCCAUCUUAAGAAGUUAUACAACUCUGGGCACGAUCAUGUGGUGUUAAACAAGGGUCAAAACUACUUUAUUUGUAAUGUUAUUGAUUACUGUGGAUAUGGAAUGAGAAUUGCUGUUCAUGCAGAGUGAUUCAUCUAGCUAUAUAUAUGCUUGUUGUUACAGUAGUUUGUCUUUGCAAUAAAGAGUUUCUAGGAAGG